AUGCCACAUACAGGUCAAGCCGGUGUCAAUCAAUUGGGUGGCGUCUUUGUGAAUGGACGUCCUUUGCCGGAUUGUGUACGUCGUCGCAUAGUUGAUCUUGCCCUCUGCGGUGUCCGACCCUGUGAUAUAUCCCGCCAGCUAUUGGUCUCGCAUGGCUGCGUUUCGAAGAUUCUAACACGCUUCUAUGAGACUGGCUCCAUACGUCCUGGUUCUAUAGGCGGUAGCAAGACCAAGCAAGUGGCCACGCCCACAGUGGUAAAGAAGAUUAUACGCCUAAAGGAGGAGAACAGCGGCAUGUUUGCCUGGGAGAUACGUGAGCAGCUGCAACAGCAACGUGUCUGCGAUCCCAGCUCGGUGCCUUCAAUCAGUUCCAUCAAUCGCAUCUUACGUAACAGUGGUCUCUGGACGGAUGAGAUGACAUCGAGUCAACAGAAUGCAGCAGCAGCAGCCGCGGCGGCAGCAGCAGCAGCAGCCGCCGCCGCUGCCGGCGUUGGCGUUGAUGGAAGAUCAUCGAAUCAUGGCAGGGGUGUUGGCGAGGGGAGGGGAGAUUCUUCGGGCUAUGCUUCAUCAGCGGCUGGACAAUUAUAUGGAAAUAAUUUGACAACGAAAACCAACUCAAUGCCAACGAUACCCAAUGCGCCGGGUGUUAGUCGACCUGCUCCGCCGGGCCUAAUGGGUGAUUUGUUGCCCAUUAAACCAGCUCCCAAGAUGCCAGCGACUCAUCCACAUGCCCACACACAUCCUCAUGGCUUGGCCAGUGCCGUGUCCAGCCAAGUGGGUGGCUUAGAUCUCAGCUACUCCGCCCUGCAUAAGCAUUGGUUAUGGAAUCCCUCGAUACUCUACUAUACCCAGGCCCAUAUGCAGGCUCAGGCAGCUCAGGCCAGCGGAGGAGGAGGAGCAACAGGUCCUUCCUCUGGCUCUCAAUUCCUAUCCUACGGCAGUGGCUAUUUGCCCCACAAUAUGGCAGCAGCAGCAGCAGCCGCCGCCGCUGUGGCAGCAACCACAACAGUUGGCGGUGGCUUGGGCGUUGGAGCCAUUGGAGGCGGCGGUUUCACCAAAUCGGAGAGCUCCAUUGACUUGACCACACCGGGAGCCACCGGUGAUGCAUUGAGUGAUUGUGAUUCCGGCAAAUCCUCACCAGCCGCCCUCUCCCUCAGCCGCAAACGCAAUCCCUACUCCAUAGAGGAACUCUUGAAGAAACCCGAGAAACGUUUGCGUUUGAGUUGUGAGUCCCAGGUCAGUUUGCUGGAGGUCAAACCCGAUAAUCUGGAGUGCAUAUCAAGCUCUAGUUCGUGUGAGAGUAGAGGCAGCAACGAUAGCUCCGAGGAGCAGCAGCAGGAACAGGUCGAAGUGGAAAUCGCUGUAGAAGAUGCCCAAGAAGCAAAUCUGAAGGAGCAUGAGGAUGCGGAAGAAGGUGAUGAAUGCAGUGUGGAGGUGGUUAACUAAGUGUGUU